AAGUGAGACAUGGGUACCACUAGUAAUUAAUGCAUGAGGAUCUGCGCGCCUACCCUAGGUUUGCUCAUGUUUACAAAUAUCUUCUCGCAUAUGAUUUAUAUCACAGACACCUCUUACCAGUUGUCUUCCACUCCUUUUAUAAAUUCUUUAUUUUAUCUCCACUCUCUUGUCUAUAAUCCUGGGAAUAAUCGGCCUCUUAUAGCUUGUCAGACUUCUUUUUUCUUUCGUUUUUUAUUAUAAGCAUCUUUUUUCCCCCUUGAUCAUGGCUGCUUCUUCUUCUUCUUCUUCUUUCUUUUUCACUAGUACUCCUCCAGCUCUUAAGUGGAAGAGGAAUGAUGUGUUCAUCAGUUUUAGAGGUGCAGAAAUUCGCAAUACUUUUCUGAGCCAUCUCUACGAAGCUUUGCUUCGAAAAAAUUUAUCUGUCUUCAAGGAUGAAAAUCUUGAUAGAGGAAAAGAGAUCUCACCAUCCCUCCUGCAAAUAAUUGAGGAAUCAUGUAUUUCAGUAGUUAUUUUCUCAGAAAAGUAUGCAUUUUCUCCAUGGUGUUUAGAUGAGCUUGUGAAGAUGCUUGAAUGCAAAGAAAAGAUGGAACAAAUAAUCAUACCAGUUUUUUACCAAGUUGAUCCAAGCCAUGUUCAAGAUCUGACAGGGAGUUUCAAAGCAGCACUAGAUAAACAUAGAGAUGAAUUGAAGUACUGCGUAGAUAACGUGGAGAAUUGGAGUCAUGCUUUAACCACAAUAAGCAAAAUAUCAGGGUGGGAUUCACAGAAUAUCAAGCCUGAGUCUGAACUUAUCAAAGGGAUUGUCGAUGACAUUUGCGAGAAAUUAAGAAAUAUCUCUUCAAAUGAUUGUCGCUAUAAUGGGUUAGUUGGAAUUGAUUCACAAGUCAACAAAGUUGAAUCAUUAUUAAAUAUUGGGUCAGAAGAUCAUGUGCAUGUAGUAGGAAUUUGUGGGAUGGGUGGUAUUGGUAAAACAACCAUUGCCAAAAUGAUAUUUGAUCGAAUUGGAUAUCAAUUUGAUGAAAAAUUCUUUAUCCCAAAUUUUAAGGGAGAAAGGGAAGAGCUUGUACCAAGCUACUUACGAGAUGGAUUCCCUUACAUAAGCAUGGGCUCACUCUAUACACAACAUUCUUCUAUUAGGGGAAGGUUUUGGAAUAAAAAGGUUCUUAUUGUUCUUGAUAAUGUGGAUAGUUCACGGCAUGCAAAAAUUUUUCUUGGAGACUGUAGUUUGAACAACACAGGAAGCAGAGUCAUUGUCACAAGUAGAGAUAGGCAAGUGCUUAAAAAUGUCUGUACCAAGGGAUGCAUAUAUGAGGUUGAGGAAUUAAAUUAUGGUGAAUCUCUUAACCUCUUCUGCUUGCAUGCCUUUAAACAAAAUUAUCCCAGUGAAGGAUAUAUGGAGCUAUCACAAAAGGCUAUAAAUUAUGCUAAAGGCAUUCCGUUAGCUCUUAUUGUAUUAGGCUCCAAUUUGUAUGGCAAGGGCACAGAAAUAUGGGAAAGUGAGUUGGCGAAACUAGAAGGCAUUCCUGACAAGGAAAUCCAAGGGGUUUUGAAGAUUAGUUAUGAUGGACUAGAUGAGCAUGAAAAGGAAAUAUUUCUUGAUGUUGCAUGUUUCUUUGAAGGGAUGAAUGAAGAAUUUGUCGAAAAUGUACUAAACGGUUGUGGUUUUGAAGCAAAAACUGGGAUCAGAAAUCUUUGUGAUAAGUCUCUCAUAACUAUGUUAAACUACGAAAUGUUAGGUGUGCCCGAUUGGAUGCAGCACAUGGGCAAGGUUUUAAAGAUGCAUAAUUUGAUACAGCAAAUGGGCAGGAAUGUUGUUUGUAGGGAAUGCAUUAAGAACCCUGAAAAACGUACUAGAUUGUGGAACACACAUGAUAUCUGUCGUGUAUUAACAAAAAAUAAGGGGACUGAAACAAUUGAAAGCAUAUCACUAGACAUGUUCGAAAUCGGAGCCCUACAGCUAAGUCCCAUAGCUUUUAAGAGAAUGCAUAAGCUUAGAUUGCUCAAUUUCCACUGUUCCAACAUAGACCUUCCUAAAGGCCUAAAAUUUCUUCCAGAUGAGCUAAGGUUUCUCUGUUGGAAUCAAUACCCUUUGAAAUCAUUGCCUCUAGGCUUUCAGCCAGAAAAUCUGGUAGCGCUAUACCUGUGUUAUAGCCAACUUGAACAUCUUUGGAAUGAAGAUAUGCCUCUGGCAAAUUUAAAAUUUCUUGUCCUCACUGAUUCGGUCAAGCUAAUGAGAAUUCCAAACUUGUCCAAAGCCUCAAACCUUGAGGUUUUAGAUUUGGGAGGGUGUACAAAUUUGGUUGGGAUUUCCUCUUCGCUUCAACAUUUGAGCAACCUUACUGAACUAAGGCUAGAUAUGUGCAAAGGUCUUCAAAAUUCACCAAGCUGCAUUCAUAUGGAAAGACUUGAAUUUCUUUGUCUCGAACGCUGCUCAGAGAUCACAGAGUUUCCAAAGAUUCCGUCGAGUAUAAAACACCUGUGUUUGAGAGAAACUGCCAUACGAGAAGUGCCAUCAACAAUUAGGCAUUGCUCUCAGCUUCUUGUGUUGAUUCUGAAAUCGUGCAGAAGUCUUAAGAGUCUUCCAAGAAGCAUUGGUGAGUUGAAAUUUCUUGAAAAGCUUAAUCUUAGUGGGUGCUUAGAAUUGGCAAGUCUUCCAGAUAGCAUUGGCCUGUUGAAAUGCCUUAAAGAACUCAAUCUCAAAGAAUGCUUAAAAUUGGAGAGUCUUCCAAGCAGCAUUGGUGGGUUGGAAUGUCUUGAAAAAUUUAAUCUCAGUAAAUGCUCAAAACUGGAGAGUCUUCCUAGUGGCAUUGGUGGCUUGAAAUGUUUGACAAAUAUUAAACUUAAGGGAUGCUUAAACCUGGCUAGUCUUCCAAGCAACAUUGGGCAGUUGAACUCUCUUCGGUAUCUUAAACUUAAUGGAUGCUCAAAAUUGGAGAGUCUUCCGGACAGCAUUUGCAAUCUAGAAUCCUUUAUAUCCAUCAAAGUCAAAGAUUGUGUAAAUCUCAAUGAACUGCCAGAAAUGCUGUGGAAGUUAGGACGUCUAACAGAGCUUAAUGCAGCUGGAAGUGGGAUAAGAAAACUACCACUCUUCAUCAGAGGACUAGACAGUUCAGAUUGUGUUCAACGAAAAGGUCUGAUAUUGCCUCGGUUGAUAACACCUCCAGUAGAAGGUUUGUUCCAACUGGAAUUUGUUUCUCUAAAGGAUUGUGGCAUAUCAGACUUUCCCAAUUGUCUUGUCCGCUGCAAGCAUUUGAAAGCGUUGGACUUGGGUGGAAAUAAUUUUGAGAGCAUACCAUCAGAGAUCAAACAACUUCGGUACCUGUACAAACUCGAUGUAACAGAUUGCAAGAAACUUCAAUGUUUGCUAGUGGUUCCAUCUCUGCUAGACUUAAAAGCCAGAAAUUGCACGUCUCUGAAUUCAGUGUCAAAGAUAUUCACAGAAGGAAAUAGCUGUAGCGUAGUGGUAGAUCUUGAUAAUUGCAAAAAUUUAGAUCAGAAGGCUUGUAGCAAAAUUAUGGAUGAUGUAAUACUGCAAUUUCUGUGUAUAGUACAAGAUAUACGACUAAUGAAACAUGCGAUCCAUGCGGGCGAACUUUGGAGUCAUUGGCUCUCUGACUCAGUAAUAUUUGACAAAGAAACGCACGCCAUCAGAUGCCUGAUCUCUUCUACUCUCAAAACUUCUCCCUCUUUUAAUGCACAAGAGCAAGAUCUGCGAGCAAUUAAAUUCCGGCAGACUAGCUUAGUCAUCCCCAGGAGUGAAGUGCCACAGUGGAUGAAGUAUAAUAACAGCGGUUCUUCAUUGUCAUUCAGAUUCAAGCCGUCUUGCUACAGUACUGACUUCGCUGGUUUUGUUUUCUGUGCUGUUGUUGCAUCCAACGUUUAUCCUUAUUGUGAUAUCAAAAGGAUUGGAUGCACAGCCCAAUUCAUUGCCAAUUCUGGAAGCAGUCGUAAUAUCCAUCUAAAUUUUGAUUUCGACAAUAAUGGCAAUGUUUUGCAAUUAGAACAUACAUUCCUUUGGGGUCGGUUGAUUUCUUCAUUGUCCGAUGACCCUUUCAAUAGGGCCGCAUUUCACUUCCUAGCGGAGGACCCUUUGAGUGAGCUCUCUUUUCAGUUCUUCGCAGAAGAUGACCAAGGCAUACGCGAUUGCAAGGUGAUAAUGAAGUGUGGAAUUCAUCCUAUAUUCCACAGUGAUUCAUUCGACCAAGACAAUGAGGAUGGGGAGGAAGAGGGUCAGCUUAUAAUUGCUCCCCUUCAAAAGAUACGAAAACAUCAAGAACUUGAGGAUGAUGAAGAGCAACUACUCCAUAAAAGAUCGAAAGAUACAUGAAAACAAAAAUAAGACAAUGUGGAUCAUGAGGACGGCGAGGAAGAGGAACCUUCAAAUUUGAAAGGGAGGCAAGAAUUAAAUUUCCUAAAUCUAAAUAUUUCUUUUCUCAUGUUUGAGUUUAUACUUUUAUAUUUGUUUGAAAGAGAGACAGUAGUGCUUGCCCUCCUAUGUAUUUUGAGUUUAGAAUUUGUUUUCAUUGUCUGCAGGGUAUGUCAUAAUUUUAUUUUUUUUUAAAGGCCAAGCUGUUAAAAAGGUCAAAUUUUUACGUAAAUUAUCAAUUUUAGAUAAUUUUUUU